CAGCGCCGCGCCCCCUUCCUCGCCUCCUAUAGCCCCGCCUGCCCACCCACGCGCCCACACACUCCUGCCCGCCGCCUGCGCUACACGAAACCCCAGACGAGUGGCUUUGGUUUCUGGACAGUGGCAAUCGUUGCGACCGUUUCAAUUGGCGGUGCGCUACUCGUUCCCUUGACACGCUCCGCUUCCGACACAGAGGCACUUAAACCACUCCCCUCCGCCCAGUCGGCAGCCCAAGACCUAACAGACUCGUACCUCGCCAUGCCACCCAACACUCCCGCCGGCCGCCCGGGCACCCUGACGCCCGACCAGGAGAAGAAGCUGCGCGAGCUAUGGGCCAUCGUCAUGAAGGUGUUUAGUGGAGAUGCGGGGUCGGAAGAAGCAAACGGAACCGCGACCAACGGCCACGACGACGCCACGGCGCCCGACGCAGCACCGGCAACAGACGGCAAAAAAGACAAGAAGCGCAGUCGCCUGAAUGUCUUCAAACGAAACAAGGGCGACAAGGCUGCAGACGACAAGGCGCCGUCGCCCUCCGACUCGCUUUCCUCCAUCGACGUCAGCAAGUUGAACCUCGCUGCCGACGACGACAAGUUUGGCCAGACGGCAGCGUACAAGGCGGCCCUGGCCAACAUCCCUCCAGAGGAGCUCCGCAGGGCCUUUUGGGGCAUGGUCAAGCACGACCACCCCGACGCCCUGCUCCUUCGUUUCUUGCGCGCACGGAAAUGGGAUGUGGAGAAGGCGCUGAUCAUGCUCAUCUCGGCCAUGCAGUGGAGAGUAAAGGAGGCGAGUGUAGACGACGACAUUAUGAAGAACGGCGAGCUCGCCGCGCUCGAGACUUCAAAGAGCGACGCCAAGAACAAGAAGGAUGCCGAGGAUUUCAUGACACAGCUGCGCAUGGGCAAGAGCUACUUGCAUGGGCUCGACAUUGAGGGACGGCCCAUAUGCCACGUCCGCGCAAGACUACACAAGGCCGGCGACCAGUCGGACGAGACUCUGGAGCGCUUUACCGUCUACACCAUCGAGACGGCGCGUAUGCUUCUGAGGCCUCCUAUUGACACAGCUACUGUCAUCUUUGACUUGACCGACUUUUCCAUGGCCAACAUGGACUACACGCCUGUGAACUUCAUGAUCAGAUGCUUCGAGGCAAACUAUCCCGAAUCGCUCGGCACAGUCCUGGUCUAUCGCGCGCCCUGGGUCUUUAAUGCCAUCUGGGCCAUUGUCAAGGGAUGGCUGGAUCCCGUGGUUGCCAGCAAAGUGCACUUUCCCAAGAACGUGCAAGACCUGAGCAACUUUAUACCAAAGUCACAGAUACCCACCGAACUCGGCGGACAGGAACAGUGGGAGUACAAGUACGUGGAGCCCGUGCCCGGAGAAAACGACAAGAUGAAGGAAGAAGGGCCCAGAAAAGAGCUGCAGACGGAGAGGCAGUGCGUCAUUGACAAGUACGAGACUUCGGUAGUCGAGUGGCUGCGUGCGGGCGACAGUGCAUCGCAUGACGACAGGAGGAAAGAAAGAGACGCUCUAGCAGAACAGCUACGACAGAACUACUGGAAGCUGGAUCCAUACAUACGAGCGCGUUCACUGUACGACCGCAUUGGCGUCAUCCAGAGCGAAGGCAAACUCGACUUUUACCCCCAAGCCAGUGCCGCCAAAACGAGCGCCGACGACGUCGACUAGGACGGCAAGGGUCAAGUCGUCGGGCGGUGUAGCACGUGUCGAGACAUUGCCCAUGCAUGUGCAUGUAAGCAGUAAUAAAACGCUUUCUUUUUUCCUUCACAAGCCUUGCAGUUGGUAUGGUGGUCACUAAUACUUUUCUGUUUGGGUAUUGUCUAGACGGUGGCAGCAUCGCAGACUAUGUAGAAGGUUAACAUGGAAGGUGUUGCAAGGAUCCUGUCUAUCAAAGCAAGAAACAGAAGAAGAGAGGUAGACAUUGGAUAGGGCCAACGUAUACUUUUUGUUAUUU